AUGUCACGCCCCGGCACCGGGGCCCCGGUGCCGCGGAGCACCUCGGCACGGUCGCCCACAGCGCGGUCGCCGCUGUCGCCGCCGGCGCUGGCACCGGCCACGCGCAGCACGCGCAGCGUGUCCGAGUCCAGCUCCGACGAGGAGGACUUUGCAACCUUUGGCGAAGAUGUGCCGGAUGAACAUCAAGCCGGUGCUGAGACGUCCAGCUUGGAGGGCAGUGGGAGCGAUUCCACUGAAGUUAUUUGUAGCACUUCAAGAAGGGACUCUCGACGACGCUCAACUCUUCAAACGGUCAUGAAUGAGGCGACGCGCACAUCGUUCCUACAACACAUUCAGGCCUGCAUCUCUGUGGUGUUUGGUACUCACGUGGACGUUGGGGACGAUGAGGAAGGAGAUAACCUCACCGGCGCAGCCAAGAAAUUGCUUGGACCACUGGGUCGUGUGAAAUUCGUGGGACAGGCGCAGGAGGAAAUCCAACGGAUUACCAAGAAAGGCGUCAAGUAUCGCACGAUGCAUCACACCUUUUGGUCCAACUUUGCCUUGUCUUUUUGGUUGGGCUUCUGGAUUGCCCUGAUUGGGAUGCCCAACUAUGCUUUGACCGCACGGAAAUUCAUCUAUGGCGACACGCGGCAAACUGAGAAACUGUUGACCGCACGAUUUGUUCCAUGGCACCACUACUGGUGUGAUCUGUCGGACAGCGGUCUUUCGGAAGCUGACUUGCUGAAUGUCACUGAUUGCAGCACAUCGAACGAGCUGGAAAAGGAAGACUUUUCCACCCAAGGUUUUUUGGAUGGCAUGAAUGGUACCAGUGCCAACUUGGAUGGGAAAGUCUGUGGCUAUCGACCUGGGCGCCGAUACUUCGGUUACUUCAAACGCUUUUGGAUCGGAAGUGCUUCAGGCAACUACUUUCCGACAAUCGAUCACAACAAACCAGUGUACAUUGAGGAAUCCAAUGUGACCAAUUAUUCUCAACAAGUCUUAGAAGAUGGAGGCCAAACGUGUCUACGGAUGUGCGAAAGAAAUUUGAACUGCAGUAUUUGGUCCUGGCACAGCUACACCACUAAUACCAUCUAUGGGGGCAUUUGCCACUUCUUUGAAAGCACUGCCGUCAUCGACACACGCCUCACCUAUGAUUGGCAGAAAUGGAUCGGUGGCACCUGCAGGUCACAGGCCAAGACCUUGUACUAUUGUCCGGACAACGUCUAUGGCAGGUUGCACAAUUACGCGCCAAUUACACAACCGCCAGUCUUAAGGCGACCGGUCGGCAUCAGUUCGAAGGAUGUGUUCACCGACCUUUGGUGUGGCAUUCUGCCCGAGAAAUGGUCCCAGACCUGGCCCAAUGUGGUGCAGAUGAUCGUCUUUUCGGUCUUUGGAGGAACUGGGACCACGAUCCAACUCUGUUGGCAGGGCUUCAUUGGAACCUCUGCCGCAUGCCUGAAUUGCUUCAUCAUGUCGCUCCUCUUUCCCAAGGGUGGGAAGGGCCACAAAUGCACCGCGGAAGAGAUCGCUCAAGCGUUGUGUAAAGAAGGAGAUUGGAGCUACGAGUCACCAGGAUAUCGCAGUUGGAUCGGUUGGCUGGACACCCUGGGCGUUCUCUUCUUGUUUAUGCUGUCGAACUCGCAGAUCAACACGAUCAAAUUCGGGAUGUCGUGGCACUUCUUCUUCAUGAUGGAUUUCAUCGACCCAGAUACUGGAAGAACUCCCUGCCCGGACUACGACAAGGUCUUCUUUGAACUGAUCUGUUUGAGUGUUUUCGUCACCACCAUCCUGGGCUGCAUCUUCGCGGUGAUUGUGACCUUUGUCCCGUGCCCACUGUUGAAUGAGAGGAAAGCCUAUCGCGAGAUGGCCACGAUGGCCAAGACUUUGAGUGCCAUCUGGUGUGAGUCCGUGGAUUACAUUUGUGGCUCGGAGCCGAGUGUGCAACGUUAUCGAAUCGAGGCCAAGAUUGAAGCGCUUCAGGAGUUGGAAAUGAACAUCAAUUCCAAUCUGCAGGCCGCCUGGUGGGAAUCCGCUUUACUGGGCCGUCAUGAUCCAACGAGACAAGAAUUGCUGGUGAUCCAACAGAAUAUGCAGGACAUGUUUGAUGUGCUCCCGGCGGUGAAGUGGUGUGUCCUCAAUGAAGAUUUCCAAGGGCAGCACCAGGACUUCAUCCUUGAUUUGCAGCCGCAUUUGCAGGCGCUGGUUAGAGAAGCCACGCAAUUGCUGGAGAUGUGCAUCCGUGCGCCCUAUGCAGGGAGAAAGGAUCGGAAGAGCAUGAACAAAUUUAUCCAUGAGUCAGCCAUUCACGUGCACAAACUCCAAAAAUUUCUGGUGCAGCAGUAUCGGAAGAAGAGUCUGCGCCCGAAUCAGGACUUGGCAGAUGAAACUACCUUGGUUUUCAGCCUAUCCUUCACUGCGCGAAAGGCAGCAGACUUGAGCCAACUCAUCUGCAACAAGAAGGAACAGUGGGCUUGUUGGAGAGGCGACAACUUCAUCUUGCUGAUGAAGGGUUGUUGGGAAGGGUUCAAAAACACUUGGAGCCCGAGCAAAAUGUUCAGUCGCGAACACUUGGAGUUUGCGGUACGGAACUUCAUUGGAAUCUCCGCGGUCUUCUUUUUAGCCAUUAUGCUCGAAAACUACAUCUUCAAGAGGUAUAGUGCUGUGAUGCCUGCGACAUUGGCUUUGUUGAUCUCCAAGUAUCAAAGCACGGCAUUUACCAACAACCUCCACCGACUCUUAGGAGUUCUCCUGGGGAAGGUGUUGCCAAUUCUGAUUUUGUCUGGCCUCGCCAUUGCGGGGUGCGGAAACAUUCGCUCUCUCGCCGCGUUCUUCUCCAUUUGGACAUACGUCACUUUUUUCUCCUACAUGUACUACACAUCUGCAACCUGGUCCCUGGUUGGCUGCUUGGUGGCGGGCUUUGGUGUUUAUCCCUUGAUGGAACCCUGCGUCUCAGACAGCCCCAGCCUCAGUGGAAAUGUGUUGCAAACGCGCUACUCCGAGUUGGGUAUGAUCACAAUGGCAGUGGCCGUGCAAAUGUUGAUCGAUACCUUGUUGAAACGACAAGGGCCCGCAGAAGUUGCGGUCACCGAGAUGCAAGCGCUGUUGGAUCGUAUCUUCUUGGGCUACAACGAUCGAAUGUCUGGGCUCCAGGCGAUCUUAAGGAGCAAUCUGCCAGACUUGCAAAAUGCAUUGAUCGAGGCAGAGACCUGCAUGUCUCGUGCCAAGCUGCUGUGCGUAGAGGCUGAUCCGAAGCAAAUGAUCAUGGCGGGGCCCCACACGCCCUUCAGAAUAGAUCUGUACAAAGCUGCGCUAGACAUUCUACAAGGCUGCAUGACGUGCUUGAACCUGGUGAUCAUCAGCGAAAAGGUUUGGAUUGUGAACGCGUCAGUUCGCGAGGUGGAUGAUGAAGAAGCCAAUGAGGAGUUUGCCAUGACGCCCAAUGGUGGAACCAUUGCGUAUUCCAGCGCCGAGAACCAUAGCGUGCUCCAGAUUGCCACACGGACCAUGGAGAGUCUCAUGAUCAACGUGGAGGACGACAUUUUGCACACCGUGGACCAGGUCUCUGAUGCGCUGCAGGCCAUUUUAAGGCACCGCAUCGAAGCCAAGUUGGACCACCCGAGUGUGCAUGAGCUGGCCAAUAUGAAACUGCUGGAUCAGUAUUUCACAUCAUCAAGGAUCGACAAGUGGUUGAUUCAGGUUGGGAAAGAGACCGAGCACAUCCAUACAGAUCGUCAUGAGCUCACCAACAACCUCCAAGCGAGGUUAGUGGUCGGAACACGAGCCAUUGCGCAGAUGCCUCAGUCGUUGGGCACUGCCUUCAGGAGAGUCGCCAAGAUCUUGUGUCAAAAUCAGAGACAACUUGGAAAAGCUAGGUUCAUCCAUUUGAGUAUGCCCUGUAUGGCUCAGAAUUGUUGA